GUAACACACCACAGAAGGAAGUUCAGCUCAUAGAUAUCCGGUAAAUGUCGACGGCUAGAAAGUAAACAGAUUUAGUUAAAUGGGGCAAAACUUGCCAAUGGUUUAUAACUGUAAAAUAACGUUACGCACACUGAUUAGUUUAGGCUUGGUUCAAACGAGGAAUUCGAAAUUAAACACGUGAACGUUUAAACAAAGUAGAAGACAUUAACGUUCCUCUGAAUAAGCCCGUCUGUAACGUAACAGGAUAGCUUCAAGCUUGUUUUGCUAUCUUAGAUUGCUAGACGGAGUGGCGAAACAUUCGUCUAGAUGGCGCAACAGCUAUAAUAAAGAACCUGAUCGGCAGCCAUUUCGGUUGAAAAAGCAGCGUACACAAGAAUCCCGACGCCAUGUUUUGCUAUCGUGACCAACGGUAGGAUUAGUCCGUUACCAUUUCCUUUCGUAGCCUGUACUGCAGGCUACAAUCUGGAGUUUAUUCAACGUCAUUAACUUGUCUGGUUUGGAAUAUUGGCUUGCAAUGGCACAUCACGGUACUGGUCACAGUGGGACAGGUGUGUUUUACCAAGCAAUGCCUGCUGUGGGAGCCGAUGGACGAAAUGUCAUGCAGCUGAUUCCUGUCCAAAAGAUCAACGGACAGUUUGUUCCAUCGCAAACAAGCCUUCCCGCAGUGCAGACGGUUGAACCACAGAGAGCGGUUGUCAUGAACUUUGCCUCUGCACCCAUUGCUAGAAAUAUGUCAACUAUUCAACCCUCAAAUAACGGAGUGAAGAAGCAACAAUUUAACAUUACUGGCACUCCAAAUCCAGUGCAAGGAAGAGGUCAUAGAGUAAAUGUUUCACAACAGAAUUAUUUAAAACAGAGUCAUGCCUCACUGAAACCUUCAAGUGCACCUCAGGUAGUUUCCCCUGUGACACAUUCACCAAAGAGUGGGAUGGCAUUAUCACUUCUGAAUACAAACAAGAUGCCAGUCACUGUCAAAUCACCUGUGCUUCCCAAUGGACAAUACCUGCAGAUACCCCCCAAUGCGCAAGUUAAAACCCUACCAAUGUCUGCACUCCCUCCAGGCAUUAAGAAGCAGCUUUUUACUUCGGCAGCAAAUUCUCCCACAGUUCUAUAUGUCUCGCCUGUGACAACCAUGAACCCAGGUAGUUUGCAGCCCUGUCCAACUGUAGCUUCCUCCCCCAGUACUCCACAGAAGAUUUCUGAACAGACACCUUGUGCAUCCUCAUCAAUGCCCUCAAAACGGUCGCCAAGGACUGUUGCCAAGGACGGCUCAAAGCCAGUUACUCCUAUCAGGUGGAUAAUUGAAGAGCAGGAUGGCUCACCUGCUCCCUGCCUUGUUCCUGUAAAUCCCUCCGUUAUGGCCUCUGAAAUCCUUAAGACUGUGGCAGAAAGGGAAAAAACCAGCAAGGUACAAGAAAUUACAGCAGAAAAUCCAUUGAGUCCGAAAACUCAGACAAAAGCAGGACAAGUGAGAGACAAUGCCUUGGUGAUGUGUAAUGGGAAGGUGUAUUUUGUGGCCAAGAAAACCCCUGAGCUUUGUAAGCUGAUGGCGAAACCAUUGGGGGCCAUUGGAAGCCUUUCUGAAAAACCAAUAGGUAAAGGCAGAAGCAGUCAGGGUAGAAGUUUCUUACCAUCGCUGCUCUUAAACCCUUCCAUUGAAUCUCAAGCGUUAGAUAAAAACAAAUCAAAUUCCAAAUCCAUUGUUAUCCCAGAUGGACCAGAUGAGGUUAUUGACCUGUGUGAUGAUGACUCUCAGGAUGACCCGACCCUCCAAGCAGAACCAACUGCUAAACUAACUGAGACAGACAAAAGUCAGCCAGUGACACAUGAGGAUGAAGAGUCCAAUGUAAUAUUUGUCUCAUACAUCCCGCCCAAACCCAUCUUCAGAUUCAGCUUACACCAGAUGAAAAGAGACCUAGGGAAUAAGAUAAAGGCUGGGCCGGAGUCUGUCACAAGUCAAAAUACUGUGGGUGAACAGAAUUUGAAUGAUACUCAGAGCAGUGUUAAUGUCUUGUCAGAAGGAAGUUGUCCAGACAUUGACAUGAUCCAAGAUGUGGCAAUCUCUACAGUUAAUGCAACUGACCAAGCGUUGAACACCAGUCUUGACAAUAUCGCUGGUCAGAGAAUGGACACCUGUCGGGGUACUUUGUCCAGCAUGGAAGUUAAAGAUUCCUUGGCAAAUUAUCAGGCAGUAAAGGUUUUGGCUGAUCCAUCUGUCAAGGAAACAGUGACAUCACAGGAUGUUGACAUCACCGCUGAAAUGGCAGAGAACAGGGCUGUUCCAAGUGAUCAACAAGAAGCAAGGAAUAAGCAGCCAGCCGUCACCGCCAUUACUGACCAGGCAGUAAAGGUUUUGGCUGAUCCAUCUGUCAAGGAAACAGUGACAUCACAGGAUGUUGACAUCACCCCUGAAAUGGCAGAGAACAGGGCUGUUCCAAGUUAUCAACAAGAAGCAAGGAAUAAGCAGCCAGCCAUCACCUCCAUUACUGACCAGGCAGUAAAGGUUUUGGCUGAUCCAUCUGUCAACGAAACAGUGACAUCACAGGAUGUUGACGUUACUCCGAAAAUAGCAGAAAACAUGACUGUUCCAAGCGAUCAACAAGAAACAAUGAAUGAGCAGCCAGAUGUCACCUCCAAAGACAUGGAUAGCGCAAACAGCAAUGCUUCUGUACAAGCAGAAAAGGAUACCAAUCAAAAUCAGAGCGGUCUUAAACGGAUGUUUGGGAUUACAUCCGAUGUUAAAAUUAUCUUAAAAAGGAUUGACGAUGUACAACCUGAGAUUCCUCCAAAAGUGCUUCCUCAGAUUGGACCCAUAUCAAAAAGUGCAUUGGAGGGUAUCCGUAAAUUGAUUCAAGGGUCGCAGAUUAACUUAAACAAGAGGAAACAUGACAAAACACAGGGGUGUCCUCAAGAGAGCAGUGACGAAUGCCCAAAGGAUACCAAAAUGCAAAAAAAUGAAAAUGCUCCAAUAGCAUCUCCUGAUUCAGACAAUAUUAAAGAGGCUCUAAUAAGUUCAAGUCCUAUACCCAAUGCAUGUGUUGUCAAUGUAUCAGAAGGUUCAGAACAAAAAUCUCCAUGUGAAGACAUCGCCAUGACAUCUGUGGAGCCUCAGUGUCUCUCGACCGUGAGGGAGACAUGCCAAAGUUCGGCUAGAGAGAUCUCAGCCGUCGACCUUUUCUCUACAACACCCAUGGACCCUGAUGAAAUCAAGCGUCAUGAGAAAAUCCGACGCUUGAAAGAACUUCUGAGGGAAAAAGAGGCUGCUCUCGAGAUGUUGAGAAAGAACAGCGACUGAGUUUUCUCCAAGUGCUUUGUUUUGUGUCAAUAUUUCAUAUAUUUAUGUACAGUCAUUUAUAACAGUUUUAGAUGUAUCUCAUUUUUAUUAGAUUAAAUUGCAGUUGUCUAACUGUUAUUUCACAUAUUUCACGACUGCUACUCCGCUUGAGUUUUUUCACACUGGAUUGUAGCAUAUAUUUUUUGUUUCGAUUUAAACUGCAUUUAAACAGUUAGCUCCAGUUUUACAUUGUUUUCAUUUGUUUAUUUGUAGUUGGUAUGGCAGUACAACACAUGAACACUGAAUAUUGACACCUUUUAUGAUGUUUAUAUAUGAUGUGAACUAUUUAUAUUAUCAUUAUUUACAUGGCUAAUAAACCAGU